UAUUGAUUAGGAAGUUGUGGAUGAUGAUAUAUGAAAACAAGAAAAGUUGCUAUGGAUUAUGACGAUGUUAUAGCCGAUUUGGAUUCCUUUGGUAAAUAUCAGAGACGUGUGUUCCUCCUGAUUUCUCUCCCCUGUAUGUUUACGGGAUUUGGAGCCCCGGCGACGAGUUUUAUCUUAGGAGAUCACCAACACAGGUGUAAAAUCCCAUUUUACGACAAUGACACAUACGAAGUACAAUCCAAAGUCCAUCUGGCCGCCAUAAAUGAGACGAUUCCAAUGAAUUCAGAUGGAACAUAUUCAUCUUGUACUGUACUGAUAAAUGGGACAGAAGAGAAAUGUUCCGAGUGGGUAUAUGAUCGUUCAAGAUUUAUCCGUACUGUCACAUCAGAUUUUAACCUUGUGUGUGAUUCCCUCUAUCUCCGUUCUCACCUGAAGAUCACCUAUUUGGUGGGGUUUCUUGUGGCCUCCAUGUUUUCACAGAUUGGAGAUGUAUAUGGAAGACGGAUUGUUAUGUUAGUUUUGUGUACACUCAGAGUUGCUGUCGUCUUUGCCAUCCCAUUCUCCAUUAACCCGGCGAUGUUUGGAAUUUUGAGGUUUUUCGAGGGACUAACCUCUUUAGCUUUCUAUCAGAUGUCAUUUGUAACAGCCAUUGAAUUAGUCGGCCCAUCAGAGAGACUAUUCACAGCUAACCUCUCCAAGGCGCUUUACUGUCUGGGUGAGUUCCUGCUGAUAUUACUUGCGUACUUUGAGAGAGAUUGGGUCUACCUGACUCUAUGGCUUGCCAUACCGACUGUACCUCCGCUAAUAUAUUGGCUACCUGGUUUGAUUCCUGAGUCCCCUCGGUGGUUGACCUCCCGGGGGAAAACGGAAGAAGCUACCAAGAUUUUACAGAAAAUUGCAAAAGUUAACAAAGUGGAGAAGAAAUUCGAUGCUGACAAAAUUAAAAGAGAGGAAGACCAAGGAAUAAAAGUUAUUCUGAAGGAGCUGUUACACUCCCGGAUUCUUAUGACAAGGCUUUUUAUAGUGAUUGCUAACUGGUUUGUAGCUGCCUUUAUCUACUAUGGUCUGACGAUGAAUGUUGGUUCCCUUGGCGGGAAUUUGUAUGAAAACUUUUCGCUCCUUGUUGUCGUUGAAUUGAUAGGAUAUUGUGUCAUCUUCUUUAUGAACAAGACAGGGCGGAAACCAUUGCAUCUCUUGGCCAUAUUUGGAUGUGGUAUUGCAUCGGUUGGAUCAAUUCUUCUCAUUCUUUUUGCAGAAAAUACUCUGUACUGGCUACAUAUCGCCGUGUCCUUGAUUUCUCGGUUUGGUAUAUCUGUCCUGUUCGCAGUCCUGUACGUGUACACAGGGGAAUUAUUUCCCACUGUCAUAAGAAGUAUCGUCAUGGGAACCGUCAGUAUAGGGGCCAGAAUAGGGGCCCUCAUCUCUCCUUACCUGUACGAUGUCACAGAUGGUAAAAUUGGUAAAAUGUUACCACUUAUCACUUACGCUGUCAUUACCAUCGUUGUUGGGUUGUCGUCCAUUCGAUUACCCGAAACAAACAAUAGAAAAUUAAUUGAGACUGUCGAAGAGGUCCAAGUGAAUAUGAAGAAAGUCAAAAGCGAAUUCACUGAAGAGGAGUCCCCAGAUACAUUACCUCUUAAUUGGAAUCCAUCGCCUUAAAUUACAGAAUAAUUAUAGCAAUUUGAUAAAACAAAACGCAAAGGAUUUUAUGAGAAGCAUCGAAAUGAAAGUUUAAAAUACGGUCAGUUGUAUUUGUAGUUGUAUAUAUUGUUUGCAAUGGCUUGUUUUAUGAUAAGAAUAAAUUAUAUACAGAUAUCUACUUUUAUAUUCAGAAAUGGGACAUUGCUUUUUAUUUUGAAAUUUUAUUCAAUUUUUGAAUAUACUCUGUAUGAAAGAAAAUCUUUAUGAAGAACUAACAAUGGUGAACAAAGAAAAAACAUAAUCAUUCUGUAACACUUAUAAACAAGUGUGCAAAUAAAAAAUAUUAUGUAAAA